CCCUAAAAUUUCUGGCCGCACAACACUUUCGCAGCUCCAGCAGUGCGCAUCAACUAUUUCUAUUUGUCUCUCUGUGGAAUCGAAAUUCCACUUCAAUUAAUUCGACGACACCCAUUUUGUGUACUCUUACAGUGUCAGCAAUGUCCAGUCCCGUCGGCCCGGAACCCUGCAACGUGGUGUGCCCCAGUUGCCACCAACAGGUUACCACUCGCGUGGAGCCGAAGGCCACCACCAAGACGCAUCUGAUUGCGCUGAUCAUGUGCCUCACCUGCCUGUGGCCCUGUGCUUGCUGCCUGUACUGCACCCAAUGCGCCCGCAACGCCGACCACCACUGCCCAUCCUGCAACGCCUUCGUCGGCACCUACGAGCGUUGAGCAGCUGCAUCCGGAAGUUGGUGUUUUUCCAUGGACUGCAGCCAGUAGCAGCCCAUCACUUCGCCCACUUUAUGUAUUCCUACCCCUCUCACAUUUAUUGCGACGCAAUAUUUUGAUUACACGCAAAACAAUGCAGUAGCAGCUUAUGCUUUUGUAUCCUCAGCGCAGCAGUAAAAGGAUUCAAGGAAGUAAA